AUGUAUAAGCAAGGGAACAUAAGGAGACGAGGAAUCGGGAGAGAGAAGAUGAAGAUGGAGCUCGUUGUGGUUAACUGGACGGUCGCAGCCGCAGGGUUCCUUCUGCUCUGGGCCUGCGGCGCCUCUGCAGCGCCUCUUGAGUGCCACUUCAACUCCAGAGCUCUGUGUGAGUUCGAGGGGAGGCGGUACACCCUGGGGGAGACCUGGAUGGAUAACGCCUGCAUGCAGUGCACCUGUUUGCACCCUGUUGGAGUCGGUUGCUGUGAGACGGUGCAUCGACCGGUGGACUUCCCUGCCUGGUGUGAGGUGAGGGUGGAACCGGUGACCUGCAAAGUGUUUCUGGUCCAGACAGCCGACCCCCGCCUGCCCUGCACCCCGGGUGAAACGGACAGGGACCCCAGCCACGGAUCUCUCCAGCUGCAGCUCGACGGGGGGAUCCGCACAGAGACCAAUAACAGCUUGACCUGCACCUAAAUAUCAGAGAAUGCCUUUUUUGUUUUAAUGAACCGAUAUUAAACACCGUCUUUGAGUCUUGGCCUGUUUCCAAAUUAAGAAUCUGACAAAAAUUCAGAAAAGCAGCCUUUUGUGUUUAUGUAUGACAUUUCUUACUCAGUAUUCUUCU